AUGCGAAUUGCGCCUUACUUUGUUUUCGUGUACGUCGCCAUGUCUUUCGCCGUCUCCGAUUCUGAGUUGGGGUCUCUGUCCUCGGUUGAGGACGGGGGUUUUGUUCCUGAAACCCAGGCUCCGGCUGUUGCGGCUGCCUCUGGCCGUGGAACGGCUCGCCGGCGCACACGCAGUAGUGCUCGCGUGUCCGUCCAACAGCUUGCCGACUGGCCCGUGCAUCGGAUUCUGGGCGAGCUCUACUCGCGGGACGUCUCUGUUCCGUCUGGGCUUUCGCAUGGGGAACUGUAUGACUACUUGUCGUUCCAGAACAGCUCCUCUGUCGUCCCUCAGUCCGUUCCCUGUGUCGCUCCGUCCGGGGGUAAGCGCCAGGCGAAGAAGCGUCACUCUCAGCCGGUUGCUCCGGGCGCGCCUGCGAAACGCGCCGGGCCCCCCGGUCCCGGUCCUUCCGCGGACUCCUCCUUGGCGUCCGCUCUUCUCGAGAUGAGGUCGGCGCUCGCUGCCGUGAAUGCCAGGUUGGAUUCCAUGGAGGGCAACGCGAUGUCCCGCGUCCUCCCUCCCAGCAUGCCGGUGCCAUCCUCUUCCGUGUUUGCUCCGGUGCCUGCCCCUCUGCCGUACGACGUCACGCCCCUGAGGACCCUGGGAACUGCAGUUCCGGCUCCGUCUGCUGGCUCUUCGUUUCUGCCUCCUGCUGCUGCAAUCCCGGAUGCGCUUCGGAAUCAGAUCUUGGCAGGCCAUGACAUUAAUCUGGUGAAGAUUCUGUUGUGCAGUACUGAGACUGCUGAUAAGCGAUUUGUGGACUGUGGGGAGUUUUCCGUUAUCCUGAAGGAUAGCGACCCGAGGCUGUCUAAAACUCUGACUUUGGCGGAAUUUAAUGUGGCUUUUGGCGUUUUUAGGGACACUCUGUGCGAGGUUUACCCGCUUCGUCGGGCGGAAUUGGAUACCUAUUUGGCGAUCAUUUCUGACCUGGCCCUUUCCUAUGGGGGUUCUCUCUUCUAUGAAUAUCAUAAAUCCUUCUCUGCUAAAGCUGCGCUGUCCAUUCAGAAAUUCAACCAGAGGUUGGUGCGGGGACAGCCAUCCACGCUCGGUGUGCCCCAGGAGACCUCGACCUGCUCACUCAGGGAAAUAAACAUGAAGCAUCCCUCUACUCCUGUGAACGUGCCUGCUCUCUCCGAAGCCUUGUCUAAUCAUCCUAAUAGAUGCUUUGUAAACUACCUGAUUACCGGUUUGGUCCAGGGUUUUCUAGCGGGUCUGUGCUGGCUCCCAAAAGUGACGCAUGUGUUUAGGAAUCUGCAAUCGGCUCUCCGAGAGCCGGAGGUCGUUGACGUGCUCUUGGCUAGGGAAGUCGAAAAGGGCUACAUGCUUGGUCCUUUUUCGAACUCCCCCUUUUCUGUCUUCCGGAUAAGUCCCAUCGGCGUAGCUACCAGGAAGUAUUCUCGUAAGAAACGCCUUAUUGUAGAUCUGUCCGCCCCUCGCAAUUCGUCUGUCCCGAGCAUAAACAGUUUGAUUCCUCUGGAGCCCUUUUCCUUAUCCUACGCUACCGUCGAUAAUGCAGUGACGAUGAUUCGGAUGGCGGGUGUGGGCGCUUGGCUGGGCAAGGCAGACAUUACUGAUGCUUUCAAAGUGCUGCCACUUCACCCGUCCCAGUGGCACCUCUUUGGAGUCAAAUGGCGGUCUCGGUUCUAUUUUUCGGUUAAGCUGACUUUCGGCUGCCGUAGUAGUCCUCAUAUAUUCGACACCCUGUCGGAGGCAUUGUGCUGGAUUCUCUAUAACGGCUGCAGGUUGCCUUUCGUGUUGCAUCUCUUGGAUGAUUUUCUGGUGGUGGAUUUUCCUUCUUCUCCUCCGGCUCGUAGCAUCUCUUUGUUGAAAGACCUUUUCCGGGAGUUGGGUGUCCCUCUCUCUCAGGAAAAGACCGUAGGCCCUUCCACUCGCUUGGAGUUUCUCGGCAUCACUCUUGAUAGCGUGCUCAUGCAGGCUUCCCUGCCUCUUGACAAGUUGUCUCGCAUUAGAGAGGCUCUUAGCUCCUAUUCCUCUGCUGCUGGUGUUACGAAACGUGGUUUGUUGUCCCUGCUAGGUCACCUGAAUUUUGCUAUGCGUAUUAUACCUCAUGGUAGGUCUUUUGUGUCUCGCUUGCUGACUCUGGCUAAUUCUGUUGUGGAUUUGUCUGAUCUGGUCGUAUUGGAUGAGGGCUGCCGUUCGGAUCUUCGCUUUUGGUCCGUGUUGUGUAACGAGUGGAAUGGCAUUUCCUUUUUCUAUAAUGAUGUUGUUGAGUCCUCCGAUUCCCUCCGUUUUUUCACUGAUGCAGCCCCUUCUGUUGGUUUUGGGGGGUUUUACAACAAUGAGUGGUUCGCGGACAAAUGGCCCUUAGAGAUUCAGGCUCUCACGGAGUCCAAAUCAACAGCUCUCUUUGAGCUUUACCCCGUCGUCGUUGCUUGCCAGCUGUGGGGCCCCAGUUGGACAAGAAAACAAAUCGUGGUGUUUUGCGACAAUUCUGCGACGGUAGAAAUCAUCAAUAAAGGCCGCUCCAAAAUACCGAUAAUAAAUAGCCUCAUGCGUCGUCUCACCUGGCUGUGUGUUCUGAAUAAUUUUAUUCUGCGGGCAGCCUUUAUUCCAGGUCACGAGAACCGCGUAGCUGAUGCCCUGUCUCGUUUUAAAUUCCAGGAGUUCAGAGACCUGUGUCCCCAGGCCAGGCCACACAGCAUUUCCUGCCCGCCGUUCAAUCAGAUGAUCCUGGAUUGAGCGCUUCUAAGACCCUGCAAGAUCUUUUGCACUCAGCCUCAAAAUACAUGAGAGUUGGCCUAGCGAAAAGUACCAUUAAAGCCUAUGAUUCUUCCUGGUUUUUCUUCACUUCUUUCUGCGCCAGCCUUUUCCUCAAUCCUCCUCCGGUUGACAUCUACGUAGUUUGUGGCUUCAUCGUAUUCCCUUUUGAAUCUCGGCAUCUGCAAAUGCAGAGCAUCAAAGCGAUGUUGGCAGGAAUUCAAUUUCACAUGCGUUGUGCUGAUCCAGCUUCCCAAAGCCUUCUUGGGAAUCCUGCUGUCAAGCUACUGCUCAACGGCUUAAAAAAGGCACGUCCAUCAGGCAAUGAUAAAAGGUUACCUCUCACACUCACUAAGGUGCAUCAGUUGGUGUCUAGGUUAAGGCAAGGUCUCUUUUCACCGUACAUCGAUACCAUGCUGGAAGCAGUUCUCCUAAUGGCUUUUUACGGGUUUCUAAGGUGUGGUGAAUAUACUACAAGAUCCCUGUUAUUUAAUCCUCAGCAGGAUCUCACAACUGAUGAUUUAACCAUGGAAGAGCACAUGUAUUCUUUGUUUCUUAAACACUCUAAGACUGACAGAACUAGACAAGGUACUCAGAUCUUUAUUGCCAAGACUAACUCUGUGUUUUGUCCCUUUUCUUCUAUGACGAAAUUCCUGCAUCGUCGGCCCCCAACUACUGGGCCAGCCCCAUUGUUUGUCCUCGAGGGUUUCAAACCUAUGUCAAGAUCCUGGUUCUCCUCCAAGCUGCGCGAUCUUUGCCGGAGCUGUGGUCUGCUUCAGGAUCUCUAUUCUCCUCACUCCCUGAGAAUCGGCGCCGCCACAACUGCAGCUCUUCUCCUCCCUGCAUCAACCCUGAAAUCCCUUGGGCGAUGGUCAUCAUCCGCUUACCAAAGAUACGUCAGACUUCAUAAGAGAGAGAUUCUGGCAGCACAAAAGCUUAUGAGCUCUAGCAGCCCUUAAAUCAAAAUAAAUCUACGAAUUGCCUUGCUGAGUUAUCGUUGCAUAUCGGGUGGUUGCUGGGGGUUUAAAAUAACUGCAAGUUACUGCAGUAACCUUAUUAGUUGUCUAGCAGGACCUCGGUGUUCGUUAAUGACCGGGAGUGAUGCUACCCAGGUUUAAACGUAAUAGUCACUAGGUAGUAUGUUUCUCAUAGAACCAAGGUGCUCUAUGGAAAUAGCCUGAAGGUGAUGCAUACCCAGGUUUACACAUAAUAGUCACUAGGUAGUGUGUUUCUCAUGGAGCCGCGGUGCUCCAUGGAAAUGGCCUGAAGGUGAGGCAUACCCAGGUCUACACAUAAUAGUCACUAGGUAGUAUGUUUCUCAUGGAGCCGCGGUGCUCCAUGGAAAUGGCCUGAAGGUGAGGCAUACCCAGGUCUACACAUAAUAGUCACUAGGUAGUGUGUUUCUCAUGGAGCCGCGGUGCUCCAUGGAAAUGGCCUGAAGGUGAGGCAUACCCAGGUCUACACAUAUUAGAUCCCUGCCAAAUCGGCGUCGGGCUCCACUGCAGUUUUGGGGGGUUAGUCCUAUCUCAUUGCUCCUAAAUGUCUGCUUAAAUAAUCUACGAGGAGUAAUGAAGUCGGAGCCCACACGCCAAACACAAUUGUAUGC